AUGGCUGCUCAGCCAGAAGAAUCAGCCCAGUCUGCAGAUCUACAAAAUCCUGAACUUGGACAUAAGGAUGGGACUGCAACAGAGAUGCAAAGCAAUCAGGGGGGUCAUGAACUGCCACAUCCUCAUCACUACAUUUCCUGGAAAGAGUGUUUUCAUGAAAAGGUACAGCAGAGGUGUCUGAGUCUGCAGGAGACACAGAUGAGAUUGGUUCAAGCACAAAAGGCAGAAGAGGCAAAGGUGAGGAGGAGAGAACCUGGGGACAGCCUGGCCAGAGAUUGGUACAAUGAGGAGGAGAAGACACUCGACACUCGCCUCUAUUUGCUCGACAACCUCCUCCCUACAUUAAUCCCAGGAGCAGAAAACUUGUUAAUGGCAGUGGAAAGAAACCAUGUGCUUGUAUCAGACCAAGACCCAAGCAGAUUUAAGCCCACUAAUUAUCUUGCAGAAUACCUGAUGAGGCACAACCCUCAGUACAGUGCUCCUACAAAACCAGGCCCAUACCUGAGAGAAAUGGAGGCGGUCUCGGAGGAGCUCAAAUCUUUGAGGCAAGGUACAACAUCACAGAGGCUGGUCCAGAUGAGGGCUGAGGCAAAGAAGAUGUAUGAGGAAAGGGAGGAGGUGGAAAGACAGAAGGCUGAGGAGACAGCAAGGAGAAAGGAGGUGUUGGCAGCUCUGUUGAAGGAGUGGACAGUGGAUGCCCAUGAAAGAAUCCCAGGAGCCCUGAUGAUGAUAAUUGAAUAG